UUAGUUCUACGACAGUGAUCUUUUUCCGAAAAUCUUAGUUCAAUGGCUUGCGCGAGUUGGCUCCACCUCCACUCUCCGUCUCUAACACGCGUUAUCCUUCCCAUUCUGCACCCCCCCACCGCCUUCCUUCACCGGGUCAACAUUUUCACUUCACCUGCUCGGUUCACUUCCUCGGUAAACCAAACCAAUCCUCUUCUAACUCCGGUCCGCGCACAAGCCAAGCGAGGUUUCUCUUCCAAAGACCACAAAAUGGCUUCCGCUGAGGAUCUCCAGUUUGAGCCGCCGCUGAAAAUAGUGGAGUAUCCGGACCCCAUAUUGCGGAAGAGAAAUAAACGAAUAGACACUUUUGAUGAGAAUUUGAAGAAACUUGUCGAUGAGAUGUUCGACGUUAUGUACAAAACUGAUGGCAUUGGUCUCUCAGCUCCACAAGUAGGAAUUAAUGUCCAACUGAUGGUGUUUAAUCCCGUUGGCGAGCGAGGUGAAGGGCAAGAAAUCGUUCUUGUAAAUCCGAGAGUUGCGAAAUAUUCAAAGAAGAUGGUGCUGUUUAAUGAAGGUUGCUUAUCUUUUCCAAGAAUCUAUGCUGAUGUUCAGAGGCCAGAAUCUGUAAAGAUUGAUGCACAAGAUAUUAAUGGUGCGACCUUUACAAUUGAUUUAUCAGAGCUUCCCGCACGGGUUUUUCAACAUGAAUUUGACCAUCUUCAGGGGAUUUUGUUUUUUGACAGAAUGACUGACGAAGUUCUUGACAGCAUCUGCAAACAGUUAGAGGAAUUAGAAAAGAAAUAUGAAAAUAAGACUGGACUCCCCAGCCCUGAAAAGGUAGAAACUCGAAAAAGGAAGAAAGCCGGUGUUGGUUUUGGAAAAUCAUGAAUCUGCUCUCACCAAUCAUUUGGAGAAUCAUAUCCUCACACUCAUAUUUGGACACACCAUGGACACGGGUAUCGAUCACAAGCAUUUCAAGGAAAAUGAAAAGUCGAAACUAUCAUAGUUUGUUGUCAUCUUAUCUUACCUUUAAUCUUUACUGUAUGUUGUGUGUUAAGGUGCUUAUUAGUCUACGUAACGCAGCAAAAUGAUGGUGUUGAAGCUGAAGUGCAAAUGGAGAUUGUUAGCUUAAGUAUGAAAACCAUUGAAUUUUUAGGUUCAGUUAAUGAUUUAGCAAAUACCAAGAAAUUACUCUUCUUGGCUUGUUAAUUGAGAAUUGGGAAAAAAAAAUGGUCUCCAUACAUCCUCGUUCUUUUUUAUUUUUUUUAGGCAUUGUAUUAUAUUCUUUUUUGCUAUCAUAACCAUAUUUAUAUAAAUUUUGAUGUAUUAUUAGUUUUUUCCUCGUCA